UUAUUGCAACAGCAAGACUGUCUUAUUGCUUUGAUAACAACUCAAGCAAGCAGCAAGAUUAUUUUCUGUUUGGUGAUUCAGAUUGUCUAGGUUUGUGCUGAGAGAUACUAUACUCAACAAUCGAAGGACAAAGCCAGAAGAUGACAUUCAGCCUGGUGUUAGCCGCUCUUCUUUGCUUCACCACGUGGAUGAGUGCUGUCCAUGCAACCCAUGCACCGGUGACCGGCUGUUGUUAUGGGUGGUCAACCACAAGAGUCCACCCUAAACAUAUUCGGAAUUACACCAUUCAGACUGAUGGCGACUGUUCAGUCAAAGCCGUAGUGUUUCACAGAAUGGAUGGAAGGACGAUUUGCUCCGACCCUAACAGUGACUGGGCGAAAAGAGUCAUUCUGAAGGUGGACGAGAAAAACAAUCAAAAGGCAUUGCAAGAGAAGGGACAUAAUGAAGAAGGAUCAACAAGCAGCACCGCACCAGCAGUGUCCCUUCCGUUAAAAACCACUCCACAGAAGAAAGGCAGAAAUGGAUUGAGACGCCAGAAGAAGUCCAGGGGAGGCAGAAGGGGCCAGAAAAAAUGUGUGUGAGGAAUCACGAGACAAUUUGAAGUUACCACAAUCAGCAAACAUGACUCUUUCCAAUACUUGUCCUGCCAUAUUCUGUGAAUAGUAAACAACCAUGAAACAAAAACAGACCUUUAUAUAUUAUUGUAUCUAUGACUAAAUAUGCAAUGUAUAUUUAAUUAUAUUUUGAACUUGUUGUCAUAAAUGUGUGUAUGUGUCAAAGAGCAUAAAGUUUGACCUUUUCCAGCCAUUUGCCAAUAAAUUCUUCUCAAGCGAAUUUGGUGUUUUCGUUGUGAACAAAUGGAGUAUGGUGUGGAACACAGUUGAUAU